AACGCCCCCGCGGCGGACAAGGAGCAGGAGCUGUCUGAGGAAGACAAACAACUACAAGAUGAGCUGGAAAUGCUUGUGGAGCGUCUGGGAGAGCAGGACACGGCUCUUUAUCGUCCUGCCCUGGAAGAGCUGCGCAGGCAGAUCCGCUCUUCCACGACCUCCAUGACUUCUGUGCCCAAGCCCUUGAAGUUCCUGCGGCCACAUUACGGCAAAUUGAAAGAGAUCUACGAAAACAUGGCUGCAGGGGAAAACAAGCGUUUUGCUGCUGACAUUAUAUCUGUUUUGGCCAUGACGAUGAGCGGAGAGCGAGAGUGUCUGAAAUAUCGGUUGGUGGGGUCCCAAGAACCCUUAGCUUCAUGGGGACAUGAAUAUGUCAGACACCUGGCAGGUGAAGUCGCCAAGGAGUGGCAGGAGAUUGACGAGGCAGACAAGACUCAGAAGGACACCCUUUUAACUCUCGUGAAGGAGAUUGUGCCCUACAACAUGGCCCACAAUGCUGAGCACGAGGCCUGUGAUUUGCUCAUGGAAAUUGAGCAGAUGGACAUGCUGGAGGAAUAUAUCGAUGACAAUGCCUAUGCCAAAGUUUGUCUCUAUUUGACCAGCUGUGUGAGCUAUGUCCCCGAGCCAGAGAAUUCUGCCCUCCUUCGUUGUGCCCUUAGCAUCUUUCGCAAGUUCAAUCGCUACCCUGAAGCCCUGCGUUUGGCCCUCAUGCUGAAUGACAUGGAACUGGCAGAAAACAUCUUCAUUUCCUGCAAAGAUGUAGUUGUUCAGAAACAAAUGGCCUUCAUGCUGGGCCGCCACGGGGUCUUUCUGGAGCUGAGUGAGGAUGUCGAAGAGUAUGAGGAUCUUACAGAGAUCAUGUCUAACGUCCAGCUCAACAGUAACUUUCUGGCGUUGGCCAGGGAACUGGACAUCAUGGAGCCCAAGGUGCCAGAUGACAUUUACAAAACGCAUCUAGAAAAUAACCGGUUCGGUGGCAGCGGUUCGCAAGUGGACUCAGCUCGCAUGAAUUUGGCUUCCUCCUUUGUGAACGGUUUCGUGAAUGCUGCUUUUGGCCAAGACAAGCUGCUGACGGACGAUGGCAACAAGUGGCUCUAUAAAAACAAGGACCACGGGAUGCUGAGUGCUGCAGCCUCGCUGGGGAUGAUCCUCUUGUGGGAUGUGGAUGGGGGCCUUACCCAGAUUGACAAGUACCUGUAUUCGUCAGAAGACUACAUCAAGUCAGGGGCUCUGCUGGCUUGUGGCAUUGUGAACUCUGGGGUGAGGAACGAGUGCGACCCAGCCCUUGCGCUGCUCUCCGACUACAUCCUUCACAACAGCAACACCAUGCGCAUCGGUGCCAUCUUUGGGCUGGGGUUGGCCUACGCGGGAUCCAACCGAGAAGAUGUCCUGACCUUGCUGCUUCCUGUGAUGGGUGAUUCCAAAUCCAGCAUGGAGGUGGCUGGCGUGACAGCCCUGGCCUGUGGAAUUAUUGCAGUGGGCUCCUGCAACGGAGACGUCACCUCUACCAUCCUCCAAACCAUCAUGGAGAAGUCCGAGACGGAGCUGAAGGACACCUACGCCAGAUGGCUGCCUCUUGGCCUGGGCCUGAACCAUCUGGGAAAGGGUGAGGCCAUUGAAGCGAUCCUGGCUGCCCUGCAGGUUGUGUCUGAACCUUUCCGUAGCUUCGCCAACACCCUGGUGGACAUCUGUGCCUACGCAGGAUCUGGGAACGUGUUGAAGGUUCAGCAGCUUCUUCAUAUCUGUAGUGAACAUUUUGAUUCCAAAGAGAAGGAGGAGGAGAAGGAGAAGAAGGACAAGAAGGACAAAGAGAAGAAAGAGAGUUCGGCUGACAUGGGCGCUCACCAGGGUGUGGCAGUGCUGGGGAUUGCACUCAUUGCUAUGGGCGAGGAGAUCGGAGCAGAGAUGGCUCUACGUACCUUUGGUCAUCUGGUGAGUACCAACAACGCUCGCCUGGCUGCGAUGCUGAGACAGCUGGCACAAUAUCACGCUAAGGAUCCCAAUAACCUUUUCAUGGUGCGAUUAGCUCAGGGUCUGACCCACCUUGGCAAAGGAACACUGACUCUCUGUCCUUACCACAGUGACCGGCAGCUCAUGAGCCAGGUUGCUGUGGCUGGCCUCUUGACCGUGCUGGUCUCUUUCCUGGAUGUGCGUAACAUCAUCCUUGGGAAGUCCCACUACGUGCUCUACGGCCUUGUGGCUGCCAUGCAACCACGCAUGCUUGUGACUUUUGAUGAAGAGUUGCGUCCACUGCCAGUAUCCGUAAGAGUGGGGCAGGCAGUGGAUGUGGUGGGUCAAGCUGGGAAGCCAAAGACGAUCACCGGCUUCCAGACCCACACUACCCCAGUGCUGCUGGCACACGGCGAGCGGGCAGAGCUGGCCACCGAAGAGCACAUCCCUGUCACGCCUAUUCUGGAAGGCUUUGUAAUCCUGCGCAAGAAUCCCAACUAUGAUGUCUGAAUGUCUGGGGGUUGGGUUAGGGUUCUCUCUCUCUCUUUUUUUUUUUUUUUGGUUACAAAAAGCGUUUGUCGAAGGAAAAUAAACUCUCUUCAGAGAA